CAUCUUCUAGAGAGCGGGCGACUCCCGAACUCCUGGCCGCGCAGCGGGCUGGCCGGGAAACUCAACAGUUACAAAGACCGUGGACGUGAGGAAGACUAUAUAAGGCGCUCAGCCUUCGCUCAGCCGUCGCUCAACCGCAUUGCAUCCAGCUCGUCGACUAGCUAGCAACUUUCAGGAAAACUUGGUCAUUUUAGGCUGUCUGUGAGAAAGUCAAAGACAGACACUCUUGCAAGUAGUAAUAGCGUCAUGGCUGCUGCUGCAGCAACGCAUGCACUGUGCAACCCUAAUCUCAUCCGCGAGAUUAUACAACAUCUAUCUCCUAGAGGAACCAAAGGUGAUGUCACGAGGAGUAAUAUACGGGCUUUAGCGUGCUGCUCUCGCGUGAACAAGACGUUUUCAGUCAACGCCUUGGAUUUCCUCUGGGAGCAGCUCGACUCCCUCCUUCCUGUCUUGAAGUUGCUUCCAUCAUUCGUGCUGAAGGAACGCCACUUGCAAGACGAAUUGACCGACUUUUCUGACGACGAAGAGGAUACUGAGACCGACAUGGAUGACGAUGAACUGAUUUACGACUGGGCUCGCCUCAAGCAAUACGCGGAACGCGUACGCUUGCUCGGACGUAUCAGCGAAAGCUCGACCCUGACCGCUGUACUCUCUCUGUUGUACUAUCAUAACGGUGGUAGACCUAUUUUGCCUAGGCUGGAAUGUCUCGACUGGCGAAUUACCUCAACCAGCAGCACCGGAAUCCUGGCUCUAGUCCCACCCUCUAUACGUACCCUUACCAUUGUCUUCAGCAACGUCACCAUCGACUUCGUGGACGACACGUUUGAGGAUGAUCCACGACACAUUGGCGUGGAUGGGACCCUGUGGAGAGCUUUAUCCUCUUUGUCGGCCCUUGAAGCUAUCGAAGGCAACUUCAAAUUGGUGGAGGACCUUCCUGAGGGUGAGGAAGGCUUCUUUGCAUUGCGAGAAGUAGCGCUCUGUGGCCGUGUCAGAGACGUGAAUCGCCUCAUCAAUACUAUAUCUUCUCGACAUUUGGAAUCUUUCUCCUAUCAAUCCCAUUUUGUCGAGGAGAAUCUCACGACCUACCUUAUACUCUUGACAACCGUCUGCACGAAACUCGGUUCAUUCUUACGAGUGUUCAAAGCAAGAAUCACAUUCGAUGCGGCCUCCGUGGCGUCCCUCGACUGUUUCGGGCGUAUUAUUCAGCCGUUGUUUUCCUUGAGUACCCUUGAAAAUAUAACCUUCAUGUUCUACGAAAACAACCUUCCAUUAUCGGAUAAAGAUAUGCGCGAGAUCGCCAAAGCUUUUCUAGGACUAAAAACAUUCACAAUCAUCACCUAUCGCAUGCACGAAAUCGUCCCGUCCAUUGAGGCGCUUAUGGAAUUCGCUCGACACUGUCCACGCCUCGAAUAUCUACGGCUCCCUGCGAUACACUUUGCGAAUCUCUCAUCAAGACGAAAAUUCAGGCAUACCUCGCACGGACUAGACGUCUUAUGA